UCAAAGCAUCCAUUUGAUUCAGACUUCAGAGAGAGAGAGAGAGAAGGAGAAGAAGAAGCAGCAAAAAAAAAAAAGCCAUGGAGAACGAGAGGGAGAAGCAAGUUUACUUGGCCAAGCUCUCUGAGCAAACCGAAAGAUACGAUGAAAUGGUUGAGGCGAUGAAGAAAGUUGCUCAGCUUGAUGUGGAGCUAACAGUGGAGGAGAGAAACCUUGUAUCUGUUGGGUACAAGAAUGUGAUUGGUGCAAGGAGAGCUUCAUGGAGAAUACUAUCCUCCAUCGAGCAGAAGGAAGAGUCUAAGGGAAAUGAGGAAAAUGUCAAGAGGCUUAAGACUUACCGAAAGAGAGUUGAAGAUGAGCUUGCCAAAGUUUGUAAUGACAUCUUGUCCGUCAUUGAUAAGCACCUCAUUCCGUCGUCUACUGCUGUGGAGUCAACUGUCUUUUUCUACAAAAUGAAAGGAGAUUAUUUCCGUUAUUUGGCAGAGUUCAGUUCUGGUGCUGAACGCAAGGAAGCUGCAGAUCAGUCUCUUGAAGCUUAUAAGGCUGCUGUUGCUGCUGCAGACACUGGUUUGGCACCCACACAUCCAGUUAGACUUGGCUUGGCAUUGAACUUUUCAGUUUUCUACUAUGAGAUCUUAAACUCUCCUGAAAGCGCAUGCCAACUGGCUAAGCAAGCAUUCGAUGAUGCGAUUGCUGAACUUGACAGCCUCAACGAGGAAUCAUACAAGGACAGCACUCUUAUCAUGCAGCUACUUAGAGACAAUCUCACCUUGUGGACUUCAGAUCUCAAUGAGGAAGGAGAUGAGCGAUCCAAAGGUGCUGAUGAGCCUCAAGAAGAGAACUAAAUACUGAAACUUCCGUGAGAAGAGAAGCGACUCUUGCUGCAUCCUGGAUCUUGAGCUGGAGACAGUAAGCGUUGCUACUCAGAAUGUGUAAUUUUAAUUUAUGUGUUUCUUGAUGAUGGAUGUUUCAAGAUAUUGAACUUUCCACAAGACAACACUGCGUAUCUUCAACCUUCUUUAUGAUGGCUGGAGUCUGUUUUACGCUUAGUUUGCUUCUUUGUUGUUGAAUUGAGCCACCGGGCUUCAUUUGGGUUUUGUUAGGAGUAUCAUCGUUUCAACAUUUUAAAAAAUAAUUGACAAUCCUUUCGUAUAA